GUGGGACGCGAAAGUUUGUAGACUCUUGAAACACGUGUUGAAACAAUUAUUUCUAAAAAAAAGUCUCGAAAAAAUGUUUUACUGUUAAUUACGUUAAUAAUUUGUGGUUAGUUUAAUAAAUAUUAACAACUAUUAAAAUGGUUGUCAUAGGAAAGAAGAAGUAUAAAUCAGGUGAAGGAGCUCAAUUCCUAACGAGGAAGUCGGCACUCAAAAAGUUACAACUUUCUCUCAAUGAUUUUCGCAAAUUAUGUAUAUUAAAAGGAAUUUAUCCAAGAGAGCCUCGCAAUCGGAAGCGAGCUCAAAAAGGCAAACCAGGAAUCAAAAUUUUGUAUCACAAAAAGGAUAUUCAGUUUCUAAUGCACGAGCCGAUUAUUUGGAAAUUACGUGACUAUAAGAUUUUCAAUAAAAAAGUUGGUCGAGCGAAGGCAAUGAAAGACUUUUCCGAAAUGAAACGCUACUUGAGCAAUCAUCCAACAAUGAAAAUUGAUCAUAUCGUGAAGGAACGUUAUCCAACGUUCAUCGAUGCCCUGAGGGAUUUGGACGAUUGUCUCACACUUUGUUUUCUGUUCAGUACAUUUCCAUCGAUGCCACAUGUGCCAAGGGAUCAGAGUCUCCUCUGUAGAAGAUUAACCGUCGAAUUUAUGCACGCAAUGAUUGUGGCCAAAGCAAUUAGAAAAGUAUUCGUUUCCAUUAAGGGUUAUUAUUAUCAAGCUGAAAUCAAGGGUCAAACAAUAACUUGGAUCGUCCCUCAUCAUUUCUCCUUUGAACCACAAAAGAAGAACGAAGUCGAUUUCAAAGUUAUGUCAACAUUCGUCGAAUUCUAUAUUGUUAUGCUUGGUUUCGUCAAUUUUAGACUCUAUCAUUCUUUGAAUUUAUUCUAUCCACCAAAAUUCAACACAAUUGAGAAAAACGCGAGUGCUCUGGUCGAUGAGGAGGCAUUUGUGUCGGAGAGAAUUAGUGCUUUGAAUAUUUCUCUACUGCCGGCGAAUUCGGUCGCACAGACUUUAGAGGAAGAGGAAGAAGUCGAAAUUGACAAUUUUUCGAAGGAUGCAGAUCCAACAGCACAAGAAGAAGUAAGAAAAGAGGUGGAGAAAAUCAAGACAUUAAAAAAUUUAUUCAAGGGAUUGAAAAUUUACAUAAAUCGCGAAGUGCCAAGGGAGCCACUAGUUUUCAUUAUCCGUUGUUUCGGAGGAGAAGUUUCCUGGGAUAAGUUGCUUUUCGUCGGCGCUUCUUUUGAAGAAAGUGACGAAACAGUGACGCAUCAAAUUAUUGACAGACCAAGUGUUGAUAAGGAAUAUUUGUCAAGAUAUUACGUUCAACCUCAAUGGAUAUUCGACUCUGUGAACGCACGAGAACUACUUCCUGUAGAAAAAUAUUUAAUGGGUGCAGUACUUCCGCCUCAUCUUUCACCCUUCACGGACAAUCGACGAGAUCAAACUUAUAUUCCACCUGAGGAGCGAGUACUCAUGGAUCCCGAGUAUCGUCUUAAUAAUCUCGAAGAAGAAGACGAUGACGAGGAGGAAGAAAAUGAUGACGAAGAAGAAAAUGAAGAAGAGGAAAAAGACGCGAGUAACGAACAGAAAGAAAUUAAAACUAACGAAGAAGUCGAAAACGAGGAAAGUAAAUCCGACUCCGAGGACGAAAAAGAAACCGAAGUGUGCGAACGAGAACAGAAAUUAAAGAAAAUGAAAACAAAAAUGGGAGAAGUGACGAAGGAAAUUCCUUGGGAAAAGGAUCGCCAAGAGAGACAGGAGUAUCGACUACGUGAAAAGAUGGUUAAGAAGAAACAUCGUAAAUUAUACAAGAGUAUGAUGAAAGGGCGAGAAGACAGAGCCAAGGAAAUUUGGCUUUUGAGAAAAAAGAGACGCAUUCACGAAACAGCGGAAAAGGAGAAACAAAAAGAACUCCGAAAAUCAAAGAAAACUAAAGUUCAAUAAUAUUUCUUUUAUAGGUAUGUUAAACUAAUUAAUUUUAUUUCAUUUAUUAUUAAAUGACUAUAAAUUAUAUAUCAUUAUAUAAUUAUAUUAUUAUAAUUCAAAGAAGAAAAAGAAA